CGCGAUUGACUGGAGCAGGACGGAACGAUCGCCAGGCCACGAACGCGAAGAAGCACCUGCCACGAUGAAGAAGGGGCAGCAGCGCGUGUUAUCGCACUUCUUCGCGCCGAAGCCGAAGGCUGCAGUGACAGCGACACCAGGGGAGGGAGGACGGAGCACGAGCGAGUCGACUGCGGUGCCUAAGCUGGCCGGGAAGUUGACUGGCGGAACAUUCCGCUCAUGGGGAGUCGAUGCAGGUGGACUGCCAGUGGGUGGAUCGCGAGCAGCGGGGGGUUAUUCGGGUGGGAGAGGGGAGGUAGAGCAAUGUGCAAGAAACGCGGAGGGGUCUUCUGUGGAUGUGGUGAUGGAGGGAGGAGUGGAGGAGGGGGGUGUUUUUGACAGUGGAGGUGGGCAGUUGCGAGCGCACGGCCGGCACGGCAAAGCUGGUGUGAAUAGGGAUCCGGGUCCGACGUUGGAGAAGCGACGUGUCGCCCCUGCGUCGCAAGAAGAGCUCAGCAGACUAGGGGGGGGCGGAAGGGGGAGAGGCAAUCAGAAGGGGAGGAGGCGGGGCGCGGGUGGUGCUUCUGCUGCGGCUGCCAUGCGAAAGGGGGAGGAAGGGAUCUCCGAGGAUGAAGAGGACGGGGAUGCAGAGGGAGGCGAAGCGGCGUGGAGCGGCAGAAAGGCAGAAGCCGGCAGAAGGAGCGGGGAGGAUGUGCGGGAGGCGAAGCGGCGAAGACUAGCAGAUGCCGGGGCCAGAAAGGCGCGCUCCGCGAUAAAGAUCGGUGCGGGAGGCGGCAAAGCCGGGGGGUCCGGUAAAGGAGGUGUGGCGGAGGAUAUGCAACGAUUAGCCAGGAGAGGUUUUUCUUGCAGUUCCCCAGGGGAGCCGGGGAUCGAGCCUUCGACUGUAGGAGGGAGUAGAGAGACGAUGAAUGGGAAGGACGAAGGGAUCGGGGGAAGUAGCAGCACUUUUGAGGAAUGCAUGGGGAUUGGUCGUGGUCCUAUACCUUGUACCGAAGGAGCUCCUCGUCUUCCAAAUGUCCCUCCUCCAUCUUCCUCUACUUCCUCUCCUCACCUCUCUCCAUCGAGAGGAGAAGGUGGUCGUUCUCUCCAUGUGAAGGCGUGUGGAGAUGGUGGGGAGAACGGGUGCACCCGUGGUGGCUCAGUUGGGGAUAUAUGUGGUGGUAAGGACGCUGCCGUUCUGCAAGAGACCCCCGUCAAUCGGAUGAUCGUGGGAGAGGGAGGAAAAGGGGGAGCACGAGAUCGUUCGAUGGAUCGAAAGGCGAGUAAGGAGGACGUUAUGGAGGUAGAGCGAAGAGUUUCCUCUAGUGACUGGCGAGCUUAUGGAGGAGGAGGAGGAGGAGGAGGAAGAGGAGGAGGAGGCCAUAGCGGUAAAUUAGCUAGCAAACUCAUGGAGAUGGAAAACAUGGAGAAUGCAGCAAAAAUGGGAGACAGAGGCGGGAGGACGCAGAACGGGAUAGGAGCCCCCAAGUACACUCCUUUAGAGCAGCAGGUUCUUGAGCUCCGAAGUCAGUACCCGGAUGUGUUGUUGAUGGUGGAGGUCGGGUACAAGUAUCGGUUCUUUGGGGAGGAUGCGGAGACCGCGGCCCGAGUUUUGGGUAUAUACUCUCAUGUGGAUCAUAAUUUCGUAACGGCUAGCAUCCCGACUUUCCGGCUGCAUGUGCACGUGCGUCGGUUGGUGGAGGCAGGUUACAAAGUGGGUGUUGUACGCCAGACCGAGACAGCAGCAAUCAAGGCUCAUGGGGCGAACAAAGGUGGACCGUUCUCUCGUCAGCUCUCUGCCCUUUACACUCGUGCCACUCUGGAGGCUGCAGCAGACCUUGGCGGAGGCGGUGCUGCUGCUUGCGAUGACAGAGAGGGGAAGGGUCGACUCUCUAGUUAUCUCAUGUGCGUAGUGGAGCGUGGCGAUGGGUCGCUCCCAGAGGGCGGCAGUGGAGGAGGGCCGAGGAGUAAACGCAGGGAAGGGAGGGAUGAAGCCGUGGGAGACGGGGGGUUCGCGGAGGAGGGCGAGCGCAAGCGGAGCUCGAGCGCAAGCAGGUGCACUGCGGAAGUGGCAGUGUUUGCGGUGGAGACUGCGACCGGGGAUGUAAUGUAUGGACAGUUCAGUGAUGGGGUCCUUCGAGAGAAGCUGGAGUCAUGCUUGCUGACGUGCUCGCCGUCGGAGCUGCUGCUGGGAACACCGUUGUCAUCUCCCACCGAGAAGUGCAGCAUUCUCGCUGACGGCUUCAAUUUGUGGAGCACUUUCAGCAUUCUCACGAAUGAGAUAUGUGCAAUGGACUUAUCGGCUGCAAGUUGAAGCAUCCAGGUUUGAUGCACGGAGUUAAAUCAAACAAAUGCGGCUCU